CCAGCCAGCCAGCCCCGUCAAUGCGAAAAUGGGCCCUUUUAUAUACCGCCUUCUUUUUGUCGGCGACGAGCAAGGCAAGAAAGCGGGGCAGUCUGUUUCCCAACUGCGAAUACAGCCGUAGGCGCGAAGCAGCCACGAAACGAACAUCCCUUCUUUCGUCUCCGUCUUCGCUUCGCCUUGUAGCUGAAAUUUCAAAUCAAUCUGUCUGUUUCUCUCUCUCUCUCUCUCUACAAAGUGUCUGUCUGGAAGCAUAAGCUUGUUAAUCUGUUAUUCCAUGGCGACUACGGGACACAACAAUCUCAACGCCAAACUCGUGCUGCUGGGCGACAUGGGGGCUGGGAAGUCGAGCCUCGCCUUGCGCUUCGUCAAGGGCCAAUUCCUCGAAUUCCAGGAAUCGACGAUCGGGGCGGCGUUCUUCUCUCAAACGGUGGCGGUGAGUGACGCAACGGUGAAGUUCGAGAUCUGGGACACCGCUGGCCAGGAAAGGUACCACAGCUUGGCCCCUAUGUAUUACAGAGGAGCUGCUGCUGCUAUCAUCGUCUACGACAUCACUAGCAUGGAUUCAUAUGUGCGAGCUAAGAAGUGGGUGCAAGAACUUCAGAAGCAGGGUACUCCUAACAUGGUAAUGACACUUGCCGGGAACAAGGCUGAUUUGGAAGAUAGGAGGAAAGUGGUCGCAGAAGAGGCACGAGUUUAUGCUGAGGAGAAUGGUCUUUUUUUCAUGGAGACUUCUGCCAAGACUGCUGCCAAUGUCAAUGAUAUAUUCUAUGAAAUAGUCCACCACUACUGUACAAACUCAUGACAAACCAUUGUUAAGCCGUGUAAAUGUGUAGCAGUUGUAUAAUGUUGAAGGAAUUGAGUGGUUUAACAUAAAGAAUAAACAACAGUGAUGACCCCAUCCUCAUCCAUGGUUGCUUUUGAGCAUGUUUUACCCUAUAUUUACUGAAACAAUAGGUUAGUUUGUUUCUGAUGAUGAAAGUCGUAUAAUUAACUAACAAUCCAAAUUUCUCACAGUGGUGGCACGAUGUGUAUAGCGCCAUCUGAUUGUGAUAUGUCUUAUGGGAUGUUGAUUAAUGUCAGGCCAAAGAAAGAAUGUAGAAGGGAUAAUGCAGCGGCCACUGAGCUAUAUAGCUGUGGUUGAAGUAAUAUCUAUUAUUGCACCAAAAGAGUAGACAAGAAAUUCAAUUGACAUGGACUGGACUGGACUGGACUGGGCUGGACUUGUGGAUGAUGGGUGCCAUAGCUUUUUGGUAGGCCAUUGUGUGCCUCAAAUUUAUUCAUUGCCCUUUGCAAUCGUAUCAAACAAGAUUCUAUUAGCAGCAGAGUACUAUUAUUGUUUGGUGGCAACAGAUAAUUGGCAUGUAUGGUUUCUUCGUUGAGUUAUUGGGCUCGUUUGGCUGUUUCUGUCUUUAUUCUUAUUUUGUCAUUAUUAUUCCAAUUCCUUUUUUGACUUCUCCUGUUCUGGGUUUUUUUUUUUUGUUUUCCCCUUAUUUGUAUACAUGAGUGCUCACAUGGCAUUGGUAUUGUUAAUUCUCUUUUACUACAAUAUAUUCUUUUGGAGUCAUGCCUUGAA